UGAACGUCACAUCAAGAUGGCCGCCACUGCUGUGGCGAAAUACAUCGAGAGCCUGAUCAAAAAAUUAAGCCUAAAAUCGGAAUCCAAAACUAAAAAGACAUUAAUUGCUUUGACAAGCAUGACCAGACGCAAAAAUAAUGUUGACAUUUUCUGCGAGAAAGGUGGAUUAAGGCGACUAAUAGCGCUCAUCCAACUGCCGAAUGAAACAAUUGCUGACAUGGCGUUAAGUGUAUUGGCGAACUGUGCCCGUCAGGAAGAAAGCAGAAGAGAAAUAAGGAGAUUGGAUGGAAUAACAGUGCUUGCUGAAGUUUUAAAGAACAAUGGGAAAACCAGCAUAUUAAACAGAACAUCAAGAGCAGUAGCCAACUUGGCAGCUGACGAGCUUAGUGUACAGGUCAUGGAGGAGCUCGGAGUUAUUCAUGAACUUGUUAAAUGUUUUACAAAGACAUCUGAUAGUGAUUGCCAACAGUCUGUCUUAAGAGCUCUGAGGAUGGUGUGCACAAAUUCAGAAAGAAAAAAGGCCAUAGUGGAUUUAGAUGCCAUUAAAACCAUCAUGGAACUGCUACAAUCUGAUAAGCCUUCACUAGUGAAUUGCUGCAUAAAAACUGUAGCAGAACUUACCAAGGAAUGUAGUAAGGAAUUUGCACAGCAAGUUCAAGAUUGCGGUAGUGUCAAAUACAUUGUUAAGCUUACCAGCAGUGACCUUUUGCAAGUGAGGAACUCAGCUACUCUGUCCCUAGCAAACUUAGCCCAUCAUGCUCAUGUGCGUGUUUGUAUUGGCAGUGAAGGUGGGAUAGAGGCUUUGACUGAACAGCUCAAAAAAGAUGAGCUGGGGCAUGUUACUGUCAAGGCCAUUGAAGGACUUUGCUAUUGUUGCAGAGAAGGGAUCAACCGCCUAAGGGUGCGUGAUUCUUCAGCAUUGGAACUGUUAUUGAAGAUUUUACUGUCAGGAAAGUGGCUGAGUCUUGAGAAAAAGAUUGUUGCUGCAUUUGCUCAGUUCUGUCACAGUGAAGUAGACUUGGAAAUUCUCCUUAAUGGAGAUCUAGUUCCAGGUCUAAUGAAUCAUCUUAACAGGAUUAUACAUCAAGUACAAUCCAAAAAUGACCAUGAUGAUGACCAUGAUGAUGGUUUAACAGAUCAUCAAUCAUUUUCAGCAGACUUCUACACUGAUUACUCAAUGAGGACAACAUCAGUCAAAAGUGUAUUUUCCGAUGUUAGUGCAGAGGCGCUGAAGGAUGAAACUUUCCUCAAGAAGCUUGAAGAAACAGCAAGGGAGGUCACGGACACAAAAGUGACAGGCCAACUUUCAAAGUUCAAAAGGAGACUAAAACUAAAGCCUUCACCCAUUCCAACCACCCCACCUCCAGGUGUGUGUACCAUAGGACAGUCAGUGUUCAGUUUUGCUUCCAGACAGACUGAUACAACAACAUUAGUGUCGGUAUGCACCUCUUCUCGCAGUGUUUCAUCCCUUGCAUCUUCCUGGAGUGACUUCGCAACAUUGCGAAGUGCAAGUUGCCCAAGAGUGUUGCCGUCACAUCAAGAUUUUUCAAAAACACAGAGAGAAUGUGAUUUACAUGAACCAACUGCAGCUCUAACUUGUGAUGAUCCUACUUCAAUGUGCAUUGAAAAUCAAACCCAGGUGAUGCUAGGUUCCCCAGUUGGCCUACAUCCUGCUAGUGGUAGUGUUCAAGGUGAACCUGUGAAAAAAAGUCCUGUCUCUCCUUUGUCACCAAAGGUUCAGUCUGGGUUGCAUCACAAUCGGAGUCUUGGCCAAAGUGCUCUUACCUUGCUACUGCGUAUAGCACAUAUGACCAAUCCAAGCAUUCAUCUUGUGAACAAGGAUUGCAUUGGAGUUUUGUUGGAUUACCUCUGUUUGGUGAACAAUCCUAACCCCAAGUGUGCACGUAUCCUUAAUCUUCUGGCUGCAAAUCCACUAUGUUUCAGAGAUUUAAUAGUGCAUGGAGCUGUGGUUGCCAUUCAUCACCAGUUGUGCUUCAGGAAUUGUGAAUAUCAAGAAAGUACUGGCCCACUGAAGCCCUGUGAUCCUGAUUUAAAUGCUUAUUCAUUUGAGGAACAGAGAUUGCCAACACCCUUCAACAGCCAAAGUUCUGAAGACAGUGUAUUCAAACCAAAAGACAAGAUCAGCCCUAAUGCAAAAUACCAGUCUAUGUCUUCAGCAACCCAAAGCCAUUGUCAGGAAACAGGAAAUCAUUUAUUAAAGAUCCUCUCUAACCAAGCACAAACCCCUUGUGGAAAGGGUGAGAUUGAACAUAUACUUCUCACAGGAUCAAAGGAAGAAUGUGAAGACUGUGUGCUUGCCUUGCCACUUCUAUGCAGGACCACUAAACUGAGACAACAAAUGCUUGUUGAUAGGAAGGGCUUAAGGAUGCUGUGUGAUAUUUUCAAAUCACUCUCUCCAACUGGUAAAACCUUUCCAACUGUUGUGGAGUCUUUGAUAGUUUUGGCGAAUGAGUUACAGCUAAAGUUCCCCUCGAAUGUUACAAGGAAGGAAGGUGAAGGUAUUUCUAAAGAUCUGACUUCAUCAACCAAUGAAGAAACAAACCUAGAGGCUUCUGAUGAUCUGCACCAAAGGAAAAAGCUGAAAAAGGAUUUCAGCAACAUCCAGGCUUCAUCCUCAAAUGAUGAGAAAGAUUGUUUGUCAUGCCUGUACCAUGCAAAUUCCCUUGGUCUUCCCGAUGCUACAUUUGUAAUGGACAACGGGGAUAAAGUUGUGGCACACAAACAACUUAUGAUGUCAGCCUCUGAUUUCUUUGCUGCCAUGUUUUCAGACAGUUUCUUAGAAUCAACACAGUCUGACAUCUCUCUUCAAGACAUUUCUGUGGAUGUCUUUGGAUUUGCAUUACAUCAUAUGUAUGGAUGCAAGAUAAUUCCAAAUGAACAGAUCUCUAGUGAAAUGAUUUCAUCUCAGUCAUGCUGUGACGUGUUAAAAAGAAAAGUUAUGGAAAUUCAAAUGAAUCACGAUGAACUACAGUUCUUUUUAGAGCUGUUAACACUUGCUGACAGGUUUUUUUUGGACAAACUGAGAACCCUUUGUGAGAAAUUCCUGGUUAAUUUAAUUAAUGCUUCCACUGUGCUGCAGGUGUACAAUUAUGGUUAUCAAUGUAAUUCUCCACAGUUGUGUUUGCUUUGCCUUACAUACCUUCUGACCAUCAACCCAUCCAAUUUGCCAAAUCAUAUGUAUAUAUUCAAAGAACUGUUCCUUAGUAGUGAACAAGGACAUCUUGCAGAUCAAUUGUAUGAAAUACUCCUUUCUCAUUUAAAACAUUAAUAUACAGCCUUUAAUGGUACCAGACAAUUUGCUUAUGCACACAGGAGACCCUCAGUUAUUGAAAUUGGUAUCUUGAUCCAAAAUAUGUGUAAAUCAAUUUGCCGCUUCAACAUCCUUCUCCCAAGCACUUGAACUUUUGAAGGUUGUAUUCAUGCCCCCCAGGCAAACAUUGUUUUCAUGUGCCAGAUUUGAUGGUCAAUUUUUUUUGUAAAAGGUAAAAUCUGGGACCAUUAGUUUCUACUCAUUGGGAAGCUUAAAACCUAGACCUUUUAGACCUUUUCCUUUGAUCCAUUUGCUUGCAAAAGUGAACCAUUAUCAUUUAAUAUGUCUAUAGUUAAAGAUUGUAUUCUGCUGGAAAGGCUAAACUUCUGGUUCUGGGAUGUUGAAGCUCCAAAUUGAUUGGUACAUAAGAGCUACACAUUGUUCAUGAAUUUUCCUAACUUUAUGGUCUUAGGUUUUCUUUUUUGGUUCUAAGAUUUACAGGGUUCUACUGUAUUUCAAACGAGAUAGGUAUUCAACUUGUAGGUACUGGGUAUUUCCAAAGGCCCAUUUCUCAAAAGUCCCGGUAACUUGACAGACCCAAAGCCAUGUUUUAAAAUCAAAAUUUAAAGGA